AUGCCUGUAGCUCUGGUACUUGACAAUCGCGCAGGAUUAGUAAAAGAAAAAGAAGUUAUCGUUGCCAUAGUGGAUCUCCUUGAAAGAACACCUACCAAUUUGCCGGCUGAAUUUGAAGGUUUUCCUGUGAUAGUUACCUACAGUGUUAUCAAACCACACCAUAGUUCAUAUUAUGAAGAUCUUAAACCUGGUGGAAAUCCAUCAAAUGCAUUUACACUUGGAGCGUUUUGA